AUGCGGAGAAGGGGCAAAACCAUCACGGCCGCUUGGCCAUUUCCAAGAACAGGCGCUUGCCCAUCCGCUCGAGCUGGCGCUUGCCUGUCGCCUUGGCCGGCACUGAAACUGCGAGGCCCCUUCACGCGUGGACAACCAAACAAGCAGCGCUUGCCACAGAGCAAAGGCCGCGACCCACGCAGCCAAGCGCCAGGCAGCACGCCGGCUCGCUGCACCUUUCGAUCUCCGCUGCCCCGCCUGGAUCCGCAGCUUCCCAGCCCGCCACCGCACCUCGAACGCUCCCUCAUGCCGCCUGCACGCACGCGCAUCUCCGCGCCGACCCGAGUCGGCACCACCGAGUCGCGAGGCCAAGGCCGCAGCCCGCACGCGCCGGAUCCGCCGCCAAAGCGCCGGUUCCACCGCCUCCCGCGCCGGCCGCUACCCCACCUCGACGGCCGCCAUAACCUCAACUCGGAGCCGCCGCUCCGACGCCCAACCGCCGGAUCCGCCACGCUCGUGCCGGCGAGCACGUGA